CUCCAGCGGCACCUCAAUGUAUUGGUUUGUGGUUUGUUGUCAGUUCUUGGAGCAUUUUUGAGGUGCUCUCGAGUGUUCUUACCCACCGUGCCGUUUUCCCUUCAGCAUCCUCGGGGGACGAGUGGGUGGAAAAUUGUUUAAAUAGCGUGAAGUGCCAUCGAACAAGCUCCCCCAUCGAUGUCCUGUGUGGAUGAGUUGAAAAUUCUAGCCUUCCGCAUUUGAGUGGAUAUGGAAUAGAUGGGAUUUGCGAGUGGCAUCCACUUCUACCGAAGAGUGGUCCGCUUCGUGAACACCUUUUGUGCCGCGCGUUUGCACCUGAGUGUGUGUGUUUGUGGCGUUUUAUGACUUUUCGCUCUUCUUGUUGUUUGUGUCCAAUACAUACGUGUGGUUAUUUUGAUUUUGUAUUCGCGCCAUAACUCUUUUGGUCAUUCACAAUUUCACGAAGAGCUUUCCGCCGUGGAAUGGGUUCUCGUGCCCUUGGUAACAAUUCCCUCUUGCCAGGUGAUAAAGCUCUGGCGGGAUUACCACAGCUCCUGGAUGACCUGCAGCGAUUGUCUGAGGAUCAAGAUAGUGCUGAUGUGGUCUUCCUUGUGGGACGAGAUGAGGAAAGGAUUUACGCUCAUCGAAUUAUUCUUAUGGCCAGGUGUAAGAGCUUUCAGACGCUAAAACGUGGAGAGAUUUGUCGCAUUCCAGGAUGUAGCGUCCUUCCAUCAGCACCCGGAACACCAAUUCCAAUUCGUGUGCCCCACAUGAGCCCAGAAGUUUUUCGGCAAUUCAUUCUCUACGUCUACACGGGGAAGAUUUUACUAAAAGACUCCAUCUUUGAAAUGAUGUCAAUGGCAAAAAAUUUGGGCGUGGAAGAACUUCAGACAGCCUGCGAAGAUCACGUCGUGUCUACACUUUCAGUCGCCAAUGCAUGUACUUUCCUCACGGCCGUUAUGGAAAUGCAAGAAAAGUCUACGGGAGCAAAAUGUACGGCUUUUAUGGAAAGAUGCGUCAGCUAUAUUGGAGAAAAUGCAUCGGAAUGCGUAAAGACAAAUGCCUUCCUGAAUCUCACCAAGGAGGGACUCAUAAAGCUCAUCUCAUCGGAUUAUUUUUGCUUGGAGGAAGAGGAUGUGUGGCGUUGUGUAUUGGCGUGGGCGAAAAAUCAAGCUGGUGUGACCCAACCAACGGCUCAUUGGACCGAAGAGGAGCGUGUUCGGGUGUGCCAGCAUCUAUCUGGAGUCAUCAGCCAUGUGCGCUUGCUGCAGAUCGACAGCAAAGUCUUUGCGGAGGAAGUUGAGCCUACUGGAGCUGUUCCAAUGGAACUCUCACUCGAACGAUAUCGUUUUGCUGCACUGAGCUCCGCCAAGGCGCCCCAGAAUCCACCUGUGACGAAUCCUGCUCCCACCGGGGAACCCGAUAAGCGUCUUCAGCCACGGUUACUGUUGAAUCUCUUUCCCGGCUCAGUUAUUCUCAAGAGUGACAAAUUGCACCUCCAGAGUGUCCUCAAUGGAUGGUUUGGGGCCCCUAAGCAAAUGUGGAAGCUCGCCUUUCGUGCCUCUGCACAUGGCUUCUCUGCUGUUUCCUUUCAUCGUCACUGUGACGGUGUAGCCCCAACAAUGGUGAUCGCUCUGGGGAGUCGUGGUGAAAUUUCUGGUGGCUACAGUGAUGUCCCAUGGGCUAAGAAUAGUCGCAAAGGGGGCUAUAUUCACUCCGAAAAGGCUUUCCUGUUUGUCCUUGCUGGUGGCCCAGAAGCUCCAGCUAAGUUUGACAUCAUCAAAAAACCCUACGCCAUCUGCUACCAUCCUGAAUGUGGGCCUAUUUUCGGGGCAGGGGCUGAUCUUCUCAUAUCAAACACAUGCAACACUAAUAUGGAUUCCUACUCAAACCUCCCACACUCAUACGACGGACCUGGAGCCAGCUGCACCACAAUGUUUGGAGAUUACAAUUUCUCCAUCGUCGACUACGAAGUCUACACUACUGUGGGCAGCUCAGAUACUCGAUCGGAUGCAAUGCGUGCCGGAGAGAGAUUUUAAAAAUGCAUGGCGCGAAGAGAUUUUGCCUACUUUGUGGCGUCUAAUUGAUGUUUUUUCUUUAACUGGAUUUUUUUUUGAAAAUAUAACGACUCCUCGCCCAUGAA